GUUUCAGAGAGCUUAAAAACUGCUUGAGCACCCUAGCUGCGAUGGCUGAAGAUGAAAAUGUGCCUGUGGCCUCUGUCGAUGACGAGCUGGCUGAACGUCUCGGUGUUCCCCUGUUGGAAUCCGAGAAUGGCUCCAGCGAGAAGAGUGCAACCCGCGCCCGCCUUGGCAAGCGCUCCCAAUCCAGUUCCCCCACCACCAACUCCCGUUCCGUCACCUCUGGUGCUGGGACAGGAGCUGGUUCCGCUACGGGUAACUCGCCUUCUACCCUGAAGAGCAAGAGAGUGAAGGUAAAGGCCAAUAUCUCUCGCUCCCGUGUCAUCCCGGAGCUCACCCCUUUCAUCCAUCUCCUCCCUGAUAUGACGCGUGUGGAUGCGAAGGAUCAGAUGGAACUCUAUCGCGUCAUCUAUGAGAACAGUGUCAGACUUUACACCUGUCUGCAAAACUACCUUACUCUAUGUGUGUUUGGAUCGCCAUCCCUCGACUCUCUCGCGCCUUCUGAGAAGGAUGGCCGUGCCGCUAGAGGAGAGUCUGAGAAUUCCACUAUGCGUGAACGCAUGGACCAAGCUUUUGAAGCUUUAUGUGAUGAGAUGCAAUCCCCUGAAAUCACCGUACUUCCGGAACUGACGGGCUUAUCUCCCGAAGAGAUCGAGGAUACCCUGAAUGAAGAGGGGGUUCAAAUUACCACCGAAUCCCUUGUUCACGCUAUUAGUCUGUAUGCCGGUGCUGGACUUCGCAAACCACCGACUCGCGCUGUUGAGGGUCUUAUGGCUGCUGCACAAGAUACUCCACCUCAGACGGAUUUCGAUCACCGUGACUCAAGUGAAGACGAGGAUUCCGCAAAGUGCAGCGGGAACUUAGAUGGCCUUAUUUUGCUCGCGAGCGCGGCUGGGCUAUCGGAGUUGCUAACGAUGCUGGUCCGUAUCCGUGGUUCCACCAAUUUCGCAACCGAACAGGACUGCACUCCCUUAAUGGAAGCUUGUGCAGCAGGGAACGUGCGUAGCGUGAAAUGCCUUCUGGAUCUGGGAGCUGAUGUCAAUGCUUAUUCCAUCACUCAGAAUACCCCUCUUAUCUACGCUGCUGCAGCUGGACAAGAAAAGGUUGUUCGUAUGUUGCUGGAUCAUAAAUGCAAUCUGGACUUGAGAAACGAAAACGGACAUUGUGCUUUGAUGGAAGCAGCAAGUGCAGGUCAUUUGAACAUUGUGAAACUUCUGAUCCAGUCCGGAGCCAAGGCUGUUUUUGUGAAUAUGAAUAGCGAGUUCAAGGAGUCCCCGUUAACACUGGCAGCAUACAAAGGCUACACAGAUGUGAUUGAGUAUCUUCUUACACUCGACGACUAUGACCGUUCUACGAGGGAUGAGGAGUUACAUACAGCUCUGAUGGAGGCUGCUAUGGAUGGACAUCUUGAGGUUGCUCGUGUUCUCAUACAAGCUGGUGCUCCGGUAAAUCUUACCAGCGAAUCCUACGAGAGCCCCCUGACACUUUCGUGUUGUGGUGGUCACGCUGAAUUGGCUAAAUUAUUAAUCGAUGCUGGAGCCAAUAUAGAAGAAACUAAUGACGAAAACUACACGCCGUUGAUGGAAGCAGCUAGGGAAGGUCAUGUGCAUGUGGUGAAGAUACUACUUGAGAAUGGCGCGCAAGUGAACGCGACUACAGACGAAACGAUGGAAACUGCUCUCACUGUUGCAGCUUGCGGUGGAUUUACAGAAGUGUUGGAUGUGCUGGUGAAGCAUGGGGGAGAUCUAGAGUUAGGAACUAAUACACCCCUAAUGGAGGCCGCACAAGAGGGACACGCCUCGACGGUUAAUUAUAUACUGGCUGCUGUCAAGCCUGAAAAUCGUUCUGCCAAAUUCCGUCAACAAAUGAAUCAAGCCUUGUCGCUUGCUGCUGAGAAUGGCCAUUUCGAUGUUCUUGAUGUGCUUUAUUCGAACGGAGCAGAUUUGAAUUAUGAUUAUGAUGGAAGGACGGCUUUAAUGAAGGCAGCAAAAAACGGGUUCACCGAAAUUGUAGAGUUUCUUGUUACAAAGGGAGUCGAUGUCAACUAUCGUUCUUCAAAUGGUGAUGCCACGGCACUGUCGUUAGCUUGCUCUGCUGGACAUAAGGACAUUGUCAAACAUCUUCUCAAAUGUGGAGCUGACCCCAACAUUGAGUUGAAAGAUGGAGUAACGUGUGUAAUGGAGGCUGCAAGGAAUGGCUUUGUCAACAUCGUGGAAAUGAUGCUCGAUCACAGCGGUGUCUUUCCACAGCCUCCACGAGGUGUUGUGGGUGCAACUACUCCACAGGGUGAUAAGGGAAGUCCACCAGUCCCCCCUCCACCACCACCGACCCCUACAGCUUCUACUAAGCAAACGGCUCUUCGUCGAGGUAAGAAGGCUGCUGCUGCUGCAUCAGCUGCGGUCGCUCCCUCAUUAGUGAACCCCGUCAGUAGUAUGCCACCAUUGCCUAAAACAGCAGCAGGCGCAGUCCCUACACCUCCGGACCCAGCUAGCUAUGGACUUUCCGGUUUUCCUCCCGCUCAGCCCGGUCACUAUGUGUCUUUGCCUGCUGAUUUCUCCAAUAGUUCAGCUUUAUCUUGGUUUGCCUCUCUGUUUUCUGGUCUAGGUGAUGGCACCACUCCCGCCUUUCCUGCUGGAAGCGGGUGUGCGAUGCCUAUGACCUCUAAUCCCACUCCUUCCAUGACUCCAGCAGAAAUGAAAGCACGGGUGGAAGCUUUUGAAAUGCUGACAAAGACAUCCCCAUUCCUUAUGCAGUAUCAGUCAAAUAUGCCACUGGUCAAUCCUUUUGAUCCGCAGGCCCCAUUACCUGCACCCGGCACCAAUCCGAACCCUAUGUCGCUAGCUGACGUUCCUAUCCCUAGUUUCCAGGAAAUGUUGAAUGGUCCUGAUGCUAAGCAGAAUGCGCAGCAGUUGAGCGAGUACAUGCGGAAACGUUUUGCAGCCCAAACAGCGAUGUACGAAAAUCUUCCGCAACGAUUUGAUACCGCAAUCAACGCCGAUAACUUAUCUAUUCCUCGAGCUGCAAGCUUACCUGCGCAGUCUACAUCAGCGCCAAGUACUCCAGCCACUGGAGCUGGUUCGGAAAGAUCCGCCUCUUCUGUGGGCAGAACAGUUUCUAAUCAGAUUCUGCGACGUGCUCUUCCUGCUGUGGCGCAGUCUGUAGGUAUCAAUGCUGUCGCCUCCCAGAUGCCACUUUCGCAAGUUCCUGCACCAGCUCCUGGGUUGAUACCGACGCCUGGCUUACCCCCAGCGAUCGUUCCUUCCGCAACAUCGCCAACAGGAUUCGCUAGCCUUCGUCGUGCUCACAGUGAGGGUGAUGACCUGGACAUAACGAGGGCGACUGCCAGUCAGCGUGCAGCCUUUAAUGUGGAUAAAGCUACUGAGUCGAACAAUGACACCCCACUUACCCUCGCUUGUUCGAAUGGUCACGCUCAAAUGGUUAAUGUUUUGGUCUGUCGAGGAGCAAACAUUGAGCAUCGAGACAAGAAGGGUUUUACACCGCUCAUCUUGGCCGCUACUGGUGGCCAUCGUGAUGUUGUAGAGUUACUUCUCAAUAAUGGUGCUCAAAUCGAAGCCCAGUCUGAACGAACGAAGGAUACCGCCCUUUCAUUAGCCUGCUCUGGAGGACGCAAAGAUGUAGUUGAACUACUUUUGAGCCGUGGUGCCAAUAAGGAACACCGCAAUGUCAGUGAUUACACCCCUUUGUCAUUAGCUGCUUCUGGAGGAUACGUAGAGAUAGUGAAUAUGCUUUUGAACGCCGGAGCUGAGAUCAACUCACGAACUGGAAGCAAGCUGGGCAUAUCACCACUGAUGUUGGCAGCUAUGAAUGGACAUAAAGAAGCAACACGUGUGCUAUUGGAACAAGGUUCUGACAUCAACGCGCAGAUUGAAACAAACAGAAAUACAGCGUUAACUUUGGCAUGUUUCCAAGGAAGAACGGAAGUUGUGGCACUCCUGUUGCAGUAUAAUGCGAAUGUAGAACAUCGCGCAAAGACUGGUUUGACUCCACUUAUGGAAGCAGCGAACGGUGGUUAUGUCGAAGUGGGUGAACUUCUGCUAGACGCGUGUGCAGAUCCAAAUACCGCCCCCGUACCAUCUAGUCGUGACACUGCCCUAACUAUCGCUGCUGACAAAGGUCAUGAGCGGUUUGUUGAUAUGCUCGUGCAUCGUGGUGCACACAUCGACGCAAGAAAUAAAAAGGGCUGCACUGCGCUUUGGCUAGCAUGUCAUGGAGGACAUCUGGAGACUGUGCAAACUUUGGUAAGGCAUGGUGCGGACGUUGAUCUGCAGGACAAUCGUAAAAUGUCACCGUUGAUGGUUGCCUUCCGCAAAGGCCACGUUAAGGUUGUGGAGCACAUGGUUCAGCAUGUAAGGCAGUUUCCAGGAGAUCAAGAAUUGUCUCGAUAUCUUACGACUAUAACUGAACCGGAUCUCAUGCAGAAUUGCAAAGAAUGCAUGGAACUCAUUGUUAAAGCAAAGAACGCCCAAGCGGAGGAGGCCAAUAGGGCUGCGGAAAGUCUUUUAGCGCUGCUGGCUGAAGAGGAAGAAGCUGCACGAUCAAAGAAACAAGCAAAGCUUCGUAAGAAGGAAAAGAAGAAGGAGAAGAAAGCAAAAAAGCAAGAUGGAAAUGAGAAAGAACGUAACCCAGUGUCACAGCCCGAGCCUCCGUCUCGUUCGGAAGGAUCACCUGCCAAUAGCCGAACCAAAGAAGAAAGUGAAGACUACUCGGAUGAUGAGUCAGAUUCCCUAGCAGUAAAAAAGGAACGCUCAUCAGCACCAGCAGACUCCACGGUUCAUGAUCGCGUGCCAAAGAUGCGCGCAGUGGAGGAGCCUCUCGUUGUUGCAGUCACACCAGAGCAGAGGCCCGCUGCACCAUUAGGAAGACAGCAGAAACGUUCAACGAAUCGGCGCAGUCGCAACGAGAGCGGAAAAAGUUCUAAUGGACAGUCUGCAAUAUCUGUGCUAAACAAUGCGAUCUCGUCCAAACUGACUGUGUCGCCUGUGUUGCUUCCUUCCAAAACCAAUAUCACCAAUGAUGAAUGGGUAAAAGCCAGCAAAAAAUCCAAAGCGGCAACAAAAGCAAAAACUUCUAGCACAUUAAUUGCUACUGGGAAAGAUUUCUAUCUGGAUGAUAACUACAGUGGCUGGAAAGAUGUUGAAUUGUCUCGACGCCGCUCUGCGACUCUCAGUGUUUGCAGUAGUGUUAUUGCAAGAGUAAUAGGUCGAGGCGGUGCGAACAUCAAUGCGAUACGUGAAGCAACUGGUGCAUCAAUCGAAGUUGAAAAACAAUCAGCUGUUCGCCGCGAUCAACACGACCGUCAGAUUUGUAUCCGUGGAACACAAGAAACAGUCCGGAAUGCUACUCUUAUGAUCAAUGGUCUUAUCACGGAUAACGAGAUAUCUGUAACUGACGUCAUACGACAGGUUCUUCGUGGAAACGCAUCAUCUACUACCUCUUCCGACGGUGGUUCACGCCUGAGUAACCUGCACGAUUCCAAAACGACGGUGGUGACAACCACCACAUCUUCGACGGCUUCCGCUGUCUCCAAACCCGCCACGAUGCCUCCGGUCACAACGAAUGUUUGGCAACAACGCAUGGCUGCACGUCAACGCGAGCAGCAACAGCAGCAAGCUAUGAUGGCCAAGGAAAAGCACUCGUCAAAUACAGCCACCACAAGCGCUGCUUCUAUUGUGUCACCUACGGUUACAUCCGUGUUGAGCGGUGCAUCACUUUAUGGCACUGCUCCUGCAGCUCCGAGAAUGCCUCAAGGCUCAGCUGCUGCUGCCGCCGCCGCUGCAGCUGUGAACAAGAAUGAUAACCAGUCAUCUACUUCCAAUAUACCUGUACCUAUUGGUCCACCAAACUCCAUUCUUGACAAAGAACUUCCAAGGAAAGCACCUGGCUACAGAUCGCCUAGCGUUCAAACAUCUGCUGGCGGUUCGUCCGUCUUUGCCGAGCAGGCUGUUUCAUCGAUACCGUCAUCUGUGUCAUCCACGCCGCCACCUUCUAUCGCCUCUAUAGGAGGUGAUAUUGCGUCUCGCUGUACGCUCGCAUCUCCUCCUGCGCCAAUUGCACCACCUCCUGGGUUCACAACACUUGUUUCGGAAGUUGGAAAAUCUGUUGCUGCCAAAUCGACUACAAAUGCGCUCUCCUCACAUGCUGUAGAACCACCAGCCGUGGAGAUUGCUUCCUCUCCCCUAUCCACUUCUACACUGCCAUUGGGGAAGCUUCCGAGUGCUGAUUCCAUUACCACUCCAACAGGGACUAGCAAUGAUCUAUCUUCUAUGCAAUUUCUUGAUGAAAAUACCAGAGCUAAGCUUGCUGAGAUUUGGGGAACUGGUAAACAAGAUCAGUCUUCGCAAGAGCAAGCAUGGGGAAAUCAAGUUCUCCUGAACAAUUUUCCCAAUCUCAGUAUUGGCAGCUCGUCGAGCGAUUGGGCAACUCCAUCUUCGGAUAGUUUGUUCAUAACUUCGCCAUCGUCGAAAGUCGGAACACCGGUGCCAUCCAAUCAACAGUCAACUUCGGCAUAUCCAAGUUCAUCUACUUUUGGCAAUACCACGUCAAGUAGUGACUGGACAAUGAAUGCAAACAAGCUGCCGUUGUACGCUAGGCCGCAGAUGCGUACAUCUGUUCUGCAGUCGCAUAGCACGGGAAAUACCAUUCCCUCUUCUGUUGCUUCGCGUCAGUACAGCUCUAGUACCAAUAAUCAACCUGAAAGUAACAUGCUGUUCAAUCAGCUUGCUGCCCAGCUACUGAUCCAGCAGCAAGGGGCGUCUGCUAACCCAUCGGUACAGUCCUAUUAUCCUUCCCCAUCUUACACGGAUCCUGCGAUCAUUGGAAUGGGUCACUUGUCUACUACCGCAUCUGCAGGAAGUUCGACACCUACCAUACCACCUGCGAAGUCGGCAUAUUCGAACCCUUAUCAGGGCGCCAGCAAUGAAUAUGAGUCGCUGAACUCUCUGCUGAACAGCUCAUUUGGCCAUCAUCAGAAUGGUGAUUUCAGCAUGUCACAUCAAUCUUCUACGUAUCCUUCGUCACCAUCUGCCGCUCGUUCGCUAACGGCCUCUAGAAUUCAGGCUAAUACGAGCACAUUUGCACCACCGCCAGGUUUUGGAGGGGUAACAGGAAGUGCUACUUCGCAGACCACUGGCAUCGGUGGUGCCAAUACAACCGUGCCUCCUCCAUCGCUUAGGCCCUACUAUAAUACCCAAAUGCCACCUCCAGCUGGCCUUCCACUUCAGCCAUCUCAGCAUGCCUCAUUCGCCACAUUCAAUAGUCAACACAAUAACUGGAUGUCAUCCACUCAUGGUAAACAGACUGGCAAUUUGCAGCAACAAAUGCCUUGGUGGAAUUAG